AUGUCCAGCCACUGUAACCAGGACAUGGACGACAUGGACGAUAUUGACGAGGACAAAAUUCUGGAAGGUCUUUCAGUUGAAGAGCUUAAACAGCUCCAGAAUGAAAUCGACAUGAUUGCUGAUGACAGAAAAAUGCUGGGGGACAUAAGACAAAACAAUGUUUCUCAUUAUGCAGUGACUGAAGAAAACAAAGAGGAGGGAUGUGAUGAAGAGAUUGAUGAAGAUAUGAUUCUGGCUGGUCUGUCUGCCGAGGAACUCAAACAGCUCCAGAAUGAGAUGGAAGUGAUAGCUCCUGAUGAAAGAGUACCAGUGGGGAUGAGACAGAAGGACCAGACUGAAAAACCUCCUACAGGUUCAUUUGACCAUAGAUCGCUAGUGGAUUACCUGUAUUGGGAAAGAGAGUCUAAACGUUUAAUAGAGGAGGAAAGAAUUCCUACAACCCUUCUCCCCAGUCUGAAAGAAAUGGAAGACGAAAUGAAGAAUGCAGUAAAAGAACUAGACAAUGAAGCAGAAUGUGUGAAUAAGGAAGAAGCUCAGGAGACUAAUUUAGAAGAUGAUAAAGUAAAGGAGGAAAUGACAGAAGAGGUCACAGAGAAAAUUGUGGAUGUGGAUAACUUUGAGAAACAAAAAAGACUGUCUAUUAACACAAAAAGUAAUGAGAACAAUACAACAGUAAUAUCCUCUCAAGCACUCCUUCAGUCCCAUCCAGAUUUUUCUGAUUCAAAAAAAGAGGAAGAACCUCACAGAUUAGAACAGAAUAAAGAAGAUUUAAUGGUGGAUAAAGGGAAGGAGGUAGAUCAAAAUAAAUCUGUGUCAGCCUAUGAGAACUGGGUUCCUGAGAAAGAGGAGAGGGUCAUAUCUAAGCUGAAGAUCCCAAAGCUUGCACUUGGUAACACUUUGAUUAAAAAGACUGCAAGGCCCUCUGGAAAUGAUACCAAUCUGGAAGGCACUUUGGCUAAGAUUCGUCAUCAGAACCCCUCCAUCACUGAUGUCAAUCUAAACAAUAUUGAAAACAUUCCUAAAGAAAUGCUCUUGGAAUAUAUUGAGGCCCUAAAGAAAAACAAGCAUGUGAAGACCUUUAGCAUUGCAAACACUGGGGCAGACGAAACUGUGGCUUUCUCCUUAGCCAAUAUGCUGAGGGAAAACAGGAGCAUCACCACCCUAAACAUUGAGUCGAACUUUAUCACUGGAAAAGGUAUCAUUGCUAUCAUGCGCUGUCUACAGUUCAAUGAGACUCUGACAGAGCUACGUUUUCACAAUCAGAGACACAUACUGGGCCACCACGCUGAGAUGGAAGUGGCACGCCUUUUAAAGUCUAACAACACACUACUAAAAAUGGGCUACCACUUUGAGCUCCCGGGGCCACGGAUGGUGGUGACAAACCUGCUAACCAGGAACCUGGACCGCCAGCGACAGCAGAGAAAGGAAGAGCAGAGGCUUCAGCAAAUGAAAGAGCAACAGCACAUGAUGAAGCUGUAUGAAAACAGACUGAACAUGGCUCCUGGUCUUUUGGAGAUGUUGGGAGGGUAUAUUCCUGAAAUGGAACUUGUAAAAGUUGCUCAGGUUCCUCAACAACUUUCACAAGGCUUUCAGGAACCUUCCAUGGUAUUGAGUAAAUCUAAGCAAGUACAUAAAAUGCCACUUUCACCCACCUCAGACUCAGUGGAGAUGUUUAAAGAGUUGCAGCUUAAGAAGACUCCCAGACGACGUGACCCAUUAUUGGAGUUGAAUCCAAAAGAGGAAAGAAGUGGUGGAAGAACUAACAUUCAGCUACACAGCACUCCAAAGCACAAAAUAACAGCAACUGAAGAGCAUUUGGAUGACAAGGCCAGUUUAAAAGAUGUUAUAAAGGGACUGAAACCGGUUCCUCGAAGAAGGGAGCCACCCAAAGUGGAUCUAACCCCACGUGACCUUCUUCUUAGUGAGAUUCGACAAAGCAAUGUGGCUUAUCUAAAAUCGGUUCCUCUUCCCAAAGUUCUGGAAUCAGCAGAAACAAGUCUUUUCUGAUGACAGCAUGAAUUCUGACAAACUGCACAAAGGACCACAAAAGGCCAACAUCAUUUCCAACAUCAUUCACAAAUUAGACCAUCAUUUAUCUUUUCAAUAAACGUUAUUAGUUCACUGAGAAGAUAAAUGAUGUGGUACAGUUCAGAAAAAGUACUAUUCAUUUAUCACUACAACUGAACUAGACAAAUACCAUUUACCGCCAUUUUUAAAUAUAAGGCUGUACUAAUUAGCAUGAU